AUGAUAAAAUCUCUAAAGGUUGUUCGUUCUUCGUAUCAUGCGGACGACCCAUCUAAACUUAAUUCGUGUUUAACGGAAUUGGAAGGCUUGCGAGAAAUGCAAAGCGAUGGUGAAAGUGUGGAAAAGGUAGGGGCUACAUUUUAUAAUAUUUGCUAAAAAUGAUAAACCUAAGAAAAGUGUAGCACGGCCGUGUUUUGCCAGCGCGUAGCACUGAUGUCCAAGUGUACAUGUUGAACACAAUCCGAAUUGACCAAACCCAGCUGCUGACAUCACCUGCUGUUUACUCUUUUGAGUUCCAAAAAUCCCAGUACAGCUUCAAAUUAAACAAGUCCUAGAUUUAAGUUUAUUUCGUUGUCCUCAAAAUCUACAUAUCAUAUCACUCUUUUAUCAGCUUCUGAAAUUUCGAAAAUUGCUGUAUUGUUUGAAAAAAGCUAGAAAAAAGCUAUUUUUAGAACUUCCAGUCAGUGUUAUGAACACCCUUACCCCUUGGGAUAAGGUGAAUCAAAAUACCCCUGUAAACCGUCCCACCCACCCACACACCAACACACACACACACACCAAAUCGAGGCAUCAAAGGGUAGUGCACAAUAUAUGUUAUUCCUUUUCAGAAUGGAAUUGAAAGGGGGAAAGAGGAUUCUCGUGAGGAAGCAUUUCAUCAAUCAGGUGCAGAAAUCAACCGUAAGCAAGAAAAUGCAAAGCGAAAAGGAUCAGAUACUGGUGAACUUACCACAAAAGACACCCUUUCAACCAGGAGUGAAUCCAAUGACUGCAACCAAGCAUUGACAUCAAGCAAGACCAAUGCCAUUGCCUUCCACAUUCCUGUGGAACAAACAGUUUGCAGGCCACCUCCUAAAAGGUUCUGCAACCAGACAAAGAAAGGAAGAGAAAACAUCAGCAUCGAGAGGAUUGCAGAGAAACAAGAAAUGGCUGAGCGACGAAAGAAUGUGAGAACCUUAUACUUUAAUAAUGUUAUACACCAUAGUGUUCUUAAUUGGCUGGUUUACUUGGCAAUUAAUUGUAUAGUUUUGUAAAAUUCCAAUUUUUGCAUUUUCAUUAUUGUCAAUCAAGGAAAUACCACAAACUUAUUACUUGCACAUUUAUCAAAUGAGCCUUGCGGCCAACUUCCCUCCUAAUAAGAAGUCUCAUCCAAAUUAGACUGCAAAACAGUCUGUCUUUUUCAUGUGAGCAGCCAAACAAGUCUUGGAGCAAGGGCAGAAGUGGAGUAUAGGCAUGCAGUGAGGCUUGUGCGCUUGUGCUUGUGCACAAAAAUCUCUGGCUGACACUUUGCACCUUGAAAAACUGAUUUUGAGAAAAAAUAACUGUUUUGCAGUCUACAUCCAAAUAUAAGCCCCUCUAAAAAGGCCUUGGUUAGUUGAAAGUUGAUAUAUGCAAUACUUAAAAGAAGGUUUGCAUGGGGUUUUCUUAUAACAUUAGAAAGCACUUUUAUGCAAUCCAUGCAUACAUCUUCCAGUACCAUAAUGUUGGUUAUUGAUUUUAUUUAAAUUUCUGUGCCUAUAUUGAUUUACAAAUAACCUGUUUAUACAGCAACAUAUGGAGCAAAAACUGAAAAGAAUCCAUGAUCGACAAGAAGCUGCUAGAAAGCUCGCUUAUAAUGUGGAAAUGCUACUGCAACAGAGGUCCAUACAGAGUGCCACUAAAGCAGGUGCCAACCAAAACACACCACGGAUGACCUCCUCACAACUACUUGCUACAGCUCGCCAUGUUGCCAGAGAUUUUAGAGCACUGACCUCUCAAAUGACAAAGGACUUUGUUGUGGAUGAUAGAAACAACAACUUGUCAAAGAAAUCUGUAAGCUAUCUGAAGUCUCGAGAGGAAAAACGCAAUGUGGUAAAAUCUUCUAAUAACGACAACAACAGGGGUAUUGCAUUCACUGUUAGCUUUGAUGAUAACCCUCAAUGUUUAUCUCCAGUUCCCAAGGCAUUGCGAGUGCCCAAAAAGACACAGAAAAGCAUGUUAACAGCCCAAGAAUUGCAGGAGAAACAACAGAGAGCUGAAGAGAGAAGAAAUGUAAGUCAAGUACUACAAUCAUGUUAAUUUGUCAGUUUACACCUGUCAUGGGCCACCUCCAAACAUAAGAACAGAUUUUACACUCUUGCAGUCUUGGGGAGGAGGGAUACAUAAACACAUUGUAUGUAUAUACCUUGGAGGCUCUGCCCUGAGAGUCAACUUUUCUAAGAUUUCAUAAGGGCCAGGGUUUUCCCCUGGCUUCUAUUAGCUUGACACCCUGCUACUUUCAUACAAGUAAGAAACAAAGGGAAAACAGACCAAUGAACUGCAUAGCUGUUCAAUUCCCCGCCUGGUUAUUGCAUAUACGCCACAUUUUGAAGUUGUAGUGACAGCCUUGCUUUCAUGGUCUACAGAAAAGCUGACCCACUCUCAGACCUUCCAACCCCUCAACCAUGCAAAUCUGGAGUGUUUGGAAAAAAGCCCUAAAAUCCUGGAGUUUGGGACCUCAAACCUGGAGUUUUCCAAAAUAUGUGUCAAAUAAAACUAAAAAGGCAGAUGAUUUAUGUCCCCCUGUGGUGUUCCUUACCCUAUUAGUGGUCUCUGUUCUCUGUAGUGCUCUAUGGCAAAGUUGAGAAGAUUCUGUUUCACUAUCCAGGUCAAUAGGACAGUAGUGAAGUGGGAAAUGCUAUAAGGCUUUCCCACCGACCUUAGAGAACCUAUAAUUUUCUGAACUGAGGGUGGAAGUGAACUCAGGUUUCCCUCCAAAAUUAGAUUGAAACAAUAUUUGUCCAUUAUGAAGACAAUUUUUUAACUAUGCGAUUUCUACUGGAAUCAUCUGGCAAUUUUAGAUUUUAUGAUUCACCGUGAGAUUUGGAUGCUGAAUCAUGAGACCAUGAUAAGUUGACUAUCCAAACCAUGAGAGUUGGAAGGUCUGCUCUCUCACUUAUACCAUUUGUGGAACACUUUCACAUUCUUCACUUAUCCUAGGAAUCUUUCCUGCCUUGAAUUUCACAUUAUUCCUGCAUUUCUUGCAGCAACGGAAACAAGACAGAGUUAAGAGGACUAUCGCCAACCGUGAAGCACUGUUUAAGCUGGCUUCAGACCUAGAAACUUUCAUGAUAUGGAAUGAUAAACAAUGCUGUCGCACAGCAAGUUUUGAAGACCACCAAACAACACAACACCAAAAUCAAACAGCACAACUAGCUGCUGAAAUUGCGGAUGGCUUUGAUCGAUUGAGUCAGCGGUACGCAAGAGAUUUAAAGCAAGCUGAGGAAUUUUCCUGCAGUCUAUGGAGUCCUGACCAGUUGCAGAAGUAG